UAUAAGGAAAGUAAAGAACAGCUUUCUGCUUAUAUAAAAAACAGCUUUCUCCUCUGUAACAUUAAUUUCAUUCUGAGUUCAGCUAGCAUUUAUUUCUUAGUUUAUAUAAAAAGAAGAGUAAACUAACAUUUUAGCCCUAACGUUUGGACCGGCCAUCAAUUUCGUCCUCAGCGUUUCAUGGCCAUCAAAUACACCCGGGACGUUGGCCUUCUCUCCAUCAAUUUGGCCCUUCCGUCAAAUUACCGUUAACUGUGCUAAUUAAAUGCUAAUAAAAAAUUAGAGGUACAACUCUCUUUUGUAAAUUUGAAAAAAAACGCCAAGGAGGGAGGAGGCUUGGCCGCUACCUCGAGAGGAGGACCAAAUUCAUCAUCUUCGGUGCAAGGAGCCAAACAGACAGACCCCUCCAUCUCCUCCUCCUUCCCCUCCUCAAGUUGCUGCUACCCCUCAAAAGCAUUUUCCGAUCAGCAGGCCACCGAGACCACCCCAGCUCAGCUUCUCAUCCCUCCACUGCCCGUGGCAAGGACGAUACGAACCCGCAAGCUUCCCUGAGCUCAGACCCCGAUGCGGCCUUCCUUCCUUACCGCUCCGAUGACUUCCUCCAUUUUGAGAUGCGGCACUGUCUCUCCUCUAGCCCUUUGAGCACAGCUCCACUAGGAACCUCUGUCGAGCACCUUCACUUCAACUUCCUCUACUGAAACCUCCAAGCUCCCGACAUUACACGAACAAAAUUGGAUUCCGGAUUCCCUUCCUUCCCCAAUUCAGAAGAUCAACCAUAAUUUCCCAAAUUCCCCAAAAUCGAACAAACCAAUUGAUUCUGGGUGGAGGAAUUUAGCAAGAUUGAUCCCGGAUUCCCCCGGCGCCGUUUGUUGGUGGGGCGCCACUAAGAUAUAGAUCUGAUCUGUCUCGACCGUUUCUCGAUGGGUAUACAGGCAGGGGCGGCGCUGAGUUGCGUGGAGGAGAAAAGCAGCGCUAGGGUUUCGGGCAUGAGGAGGGAGUCGGGUGAAGGAGGAGACAUCCGGACCGGAACCGAACCAAUUCGGGGUGGGAGCUUUCGGGUUUCACGAGCCGGGUUGAAUGAUCGGGUUUGGGUCCGGAUGUCUCCUUCUUCACCCGACUUCCUCCCCAUGCUCAAAACCCUGAUGUGGCAUGUCUGCAUUAGCCUCCCUUGCAUCCUUGUCGAUGUUCAUCCUUACGUGCCAUUGUCGGGGUUGAUCUCCAAAGUCUUCUUUCUCGACUUGUGUGAGCUCAUGCUGUUGUUUUGUCUGCUGGUUUGUUUCCAAGAAUUGGCAAUGGCGCGUGUGAAGUUGGGUUCCAAAACAGAUGCAUUCCAACGGCAAGGCCAAACUUGCUGGUGGGCUACUAAAACUUUCAGGAGGAAUUCCUUUAUCUGUAGAAUUGUUUGCAUGCAGUCACCAAUUCAACCCUUGCGGCUGCUUGUUCCCUCCAAUUACCCGAACUGCUCUCCAGUACUCCUCGACGAUUUUCAUGUUGAAGUAAGCAAAGAGUAUGAAGAUCUCUCGGCGAAGGCAAAGUCCAGGUUUAUCAUCUCCCUCCGCAGGCUCUCACAGCCCAUGUCCCUCGAGGACAUAGCAAGGACAUGGGACAAUUGUUCCUGAGCGGUCAUUCUCGAGUAUGCAGAUCAGAGUGAUGGAGGCAGCUUCAGCUCCAAGUACAGGACAUGGGAGAAUAUCCAAACUGCCACGUCAUUAUCCUCCUUCCUUUUGCGAGGGGAGCAUUCCCGCGAGGUGUGCACCAGAAUGUUGAAAAUUGCUCAUGUUGUGAGCCCGGUGGGCGUCGGUUUUUCCGGAUAGAUUCUUUUCAUGUGAGGAGGUAUAGAAAUUCUUGUAGAUGUAUAUCUUGAACAGUAUUAAGAUAUGAAAUCCGGCUACAUUUUCCCGGCUUUGUGUACUUUUUGUACAUUCGUGGGGGGACAGUUUUCUGCUUCUAUUUAUGCCCAUCCUCGACCACUUUCAUAGGUUCUUGUUGUCGAGGAAUUUGACCUGGUCGCUGAGACCAAGGUUUGCCAUAAGGACAGCCACAGUGGGUUGAGGAACUCCCAGCCUCACCGGAGCUGCUGGUGCACUCUCCCCACGAGCAGUGAACUGCUGCGAAGGUCAGCAUCUACACCCAUAACUCGGAGUUGGGCAACAUCGUCGGGCGGAAGGCUUGAAGGUACGCCAUAUAAUCGGACAGGGUCUUGCUGAUUAUAAGAUAUGGGUGGUUGCUCUUUCUGAGACUGGACAUGCAGUGGUAGCAAACGUUUGGCGAGGUUCCAGGCAAGGAGACGAAGGUCGAAAUCCACUCCUCCGGUGUAACAUUGUCAACUUUCGAGGCAGUCCUUCUGGAGCAUGUAAUCGCCUCUCUCUGCUAAUAAAUUAUCAGGGCAUGGCGAUCGUGUUCUUGUUCUCUUGACUGGGCUCUCGUCCUUGAGCUGCUCAAAUAUGAACCUGUGAGUUACAUCUGCAGAACUGUGUAGACAAUGAAGUAUCCGCCCGAUGUGUUUAUAGAGAUAGCAAGUAGAUCAGACGGAGAAUGAUUCCCCACUUAGUUUAGAUGAAGGUCGCCGUUGUGUACAGCAUAUUGCAGAUGAACCCAAGCUCAACCUCCGCCAGUUCGAAGACUGAGUUCUUAAACACCAUGAUCUCGUGGAGGCGCUUUCAAGGUUGAUCUCCUUACCUCAGGCCGCUCCACCCUCAAGAAGUUCUUCUCGUCAAAUAUGCCAUUGAGCUUCGUGGAUUUGGGAAUUCAUAUCCCUUCUCCGUACUUGAUCAUCCUGAGGAUGAGCAUGAGGAGGGACAGUUGCUGAGGAGCUCACUGCUCCAGUCCCUGAUGAGGAUGUACAUGGAGGCUCCUCCCUGGGCGGCGAUGCAGGGAGAGUUCCUCGGCCAGAGGCUGCUGUCCUCUGAGGAGUAAGCAGUGAUUGAGUUGGGGCCACCGAGGUGCCAGAGCCGGUAUGCUACCCAGAGGACUGCCAACCUGUUGACAGAGCACUCACCUUUGUCGCUGCAGCUGUCACUGUGCAUCCUUAAGAGGAUACCUAUGGAGAGCAUCGCUACUGACUCCAAGGACAAGAAUGCCAACCAUUCCAGGGCCUGUCCAGGUUGAUGAGGUGAACUUCCUGCAGGAACCGAAGAUCGUGACGGUAUCUGGAUCAAAACACUGAGCAGGAUCACUGCCCCGGCUAGAUCUCCUAAUCGUUCCUGAGCUACACGUCUCCAACAGAGUCACUGGGCUCGCAACUGAAGUAAUGAGGGAUAAAAAUUAUGGUUCUUUUGUCCUAAUGUUGCAGCAAUUACGUACCAAUUAUGUUUGAAUAGACUAAGCUUGUCUUCGGUCAACGUUAAUUAUUUUCUGUACAAUGGAUGAGACAAGAAUAGAGAAUGUCGUGAUACAAGUCACAUGUUCUUCUUUGGU